CGUGAGAGAAGCUGGCCGAGAGGGCCGGGGCAUGUACUACACUUCCCAGGAGGCUGUGCGCCGCGGCAGGUCACGUGACGGGAGCGCGGGCUUUGGAAGGCGGCGGAGCUAGAGUGUAUCAGCGGCUAGUGUGGAGGAGGCGGCGGGGCUGAGGAGCGAGUUGGGCUGAGAUCUGUCCUGGGCCACGCCGGAGCGCUCCAGAGGCCAGCUGUCCCUCUGUAUUGCUAUGGGAAUUCAAGGACUGGCCAAACUGAUUGCCGACGUGGCCCCCAGUGCCAUCCGGGAGAAUGACAUCAAGAGCUACUUUGGCCGCAAGGUGGCUAUCGAUGCCUCCAUGAGCAUUUAUCAGUUCCUAAUAGCUGUUCGCCAAGGGGGGGAUGUGCUGCAGAAUGAGGAGGGUGAGACCACCAGCCACCUGAUGGGCAUGUUCUAUCGCACCAUCCGAAUGAUGGAGAACGGCAUCAAGCCCGUGUACGUUUUUGACGGCAAGCCGCCACAGCUGAAGUCAGGGGAGCUGGCCAAACGCAGCGAGCGGCGGGCUGAGGCGGAGAAGCAGCUGCAGCAGGCCCAGGCUGCUGGGGCCGAAGGGGAGGUGGAGAAGUUUACGAAGCGGCUGGUGAAGGUCACCAAGCAGCACAAUGAUGAGUGCAAGCAUCUCCUGAGCCUCAUGGGCAUCCCAUACCUCGAUGCGCCCAGCGAGGCUGAGGCCAGCUGCGCCGCCCUGGUGAAGGCCGGCAGAGUCUACGCCGCGGCCACCGAGGACAUGGAUUGCCUGACCUUUGGCAGCCCCGUGCUCAUGCGGCACCUGACUGCUAGCGAGGCCAAGAAGCUGCCCAUCCAGGAGUUCCACCUGAGCCGGGUUCUGCAGGAGCUGGGCCUGAACCAGGAGCAGUUUGUGGAUCUGUGCAUCCUGCUGGGCAGUGACUACUGUGAGACCAUUCGGGGCAUUGGGCCCAAGCGGGCCGUGGACCUCAUCCAGAAGCACAAGAGCAUCGAGGAGAUCCUGCGUCGGCUCGACCCCAACAAGUACCCUGUGCCGGAAAACUGGCUCCACAAGGAGGCCCAGCAGCUCUUCCUGGAGCCCGAGGUGCUGGACCCGGAGUCUGUGGAGCUGAAGUGGAGCGAGCCGAACGAAGAAGAGCUCGUCAAGUUCAUGUGUGGUGAAAAGCAGUUCUCCGAGGAGCGAAUCCGCAGCGGGGUCAGGAGGCUGAGCAAGAGCCGCCAGGGCAGCACCCAGGGCCGCCUGGAUGAUUUCUUCAAGGUGACCGGCUCCCUCUCUUCAGCUAAGCGCAAGGAGCCAGAACCCAAGGGGUCCGCUAAGAAGAAGGCCAAGACUGGGGCAGCAGGGAAGUUCAAAAGGGGAAAAUAAACGGGUUUCCCUUCAUUA